CCCACUAUACUUUUUUUCACCAUAUAUAUAAUAAAAAAAAUAUAAAAAAAUAUUAUAUAAUGUAUAAAAUAUAUACAUAAUAUGUGGAAUAUAAUGGGAGUGAAUCACUAUUUUAAGUAGUUCUACGUUUUGGCAAAGAUCCCCGUCUCGAAUAACUGGGUAAGUAUUAACUUUCCCAAAAAAUGUAUAGAACACUUUUUGCUUAGAAUUAAUUUUUGUAUCUGUUCCUGUGUUAAGAUUACACUAAAAAAUGGCCACACCCCAGCGUGAACGCCCUUUGGCAUCAUAUACCUACAUUUUGAUCCUUAGGCUAUUCCCUACCUACCGCCAAAAUUUCAAGUUAAUCGAUUCAUUUUGAAAAAAUUUCCUGGACAAAACCAUGAUUUCCUGGACUAUCGGUGUGGUUAUAACUUUGGGUAUGAAACUUUAAGGCGGAAAAUGAGUAGAUACUUCGUUACAGUUGUAUUCGGUUUUGCAACUUUAUUUUUAAUAUACGCUGGAUCAAUUCAAUAUGGAUUGUACCGAGCUCUUGGUCAAUCGAAUUUAAGAAAUUUGAGCAUCAGGUGUCUGAAGGAGUUUACAUAAUGUUACAUAGUUAGUCCCGCGGUUCUUAGAGGAAACAUGGGAGCCACAUGGGCUGCUUUGGUACGAAUAUCCUAAUUUCAGUGUUCGGAGGUUUGCUGAACUACAUUAAUUUAAAGUAUUUUACAUUUUAGCAGUGACAAAAACUAUCUAAUUCUUGCAAUGGAAGACGGCGCUCUACGAGUAGUGAAGACUAAUCCAACAGACUGGCGAGAUUUAUCCGACUAUUGGCAACUAUCAAUGCAUGACAACUUCAACGGAUUCAUUUCCAGGAUGUGCUUCAGCUAUGACGAAACCUUUUUCUUCACUUGCGGAUAUGAUGGAAAUAUAUUCUCGUAUCGUUACAAGCCCGACAUAGAGCCACCGGAAAAAACUCCAUUUAAAUGCACCCCAGUGUUAAGAUCUGCGUUUGAAGUUGAAGAUGUAGAUGGUUAUACAAAUCUAAGUCUGGAUGAAUUUUUGAUUAAAGCCGAACAAGACAGAAUCGAUCGGAUCGCUAGCGAGCGCAGGCGGGAUUAUUUGCAAAAAAUUCGCGUGCUGCGCGAACGCUUUCAGAACGUAUUAAAGCGUAACGAUAAGUUGAUGUCGACCCAGGUUAUACCAAGAAAUAGAUUUGAAAUUGAUGAGAGAAUCAGUCAGCAUUUGGCCGAACGGUUUGCGGCCGACUUGGCUUUGGUUAAAAGGAAGUUGGAGUAUAACGUGGAAAAGUCCAAAGUCGGCAUGGUCAAGUUGAAGAAUCGUUUCGCCGAUGACUUGGAUGUAUUUCCAAUCGCUGUUAAAUGCGUUACAAAGCAAGUGUCUGUGAAAACAGAAAGGCAGCAAAAACUAUCAAGCGCUUUCUCCGAUAUGCUGGAAGUUAUAGAGCAGAAAAUUUUAGAUGAUGAGCGAAAUAGAAAGCCCCCAGAACGAAUUCAAGUGGCACAAGAAACAUUCAAGAUACCAGAAAGAGCCGCAAAACGUCUCGAAUACUUUCUUAUGGGCUUAUCGCCGUCUACCAUUGAAAAGGGUUUGGGGCCGAAAUUAGCAAGAUUUCUGCGUAAGUAUAGGCAACGGAAGGAACGCAUGGAAGAGCGACGCAGAGAGUGGAUCAUGUUUAAUGCAAGAAAACCAGUCAAGGGAGUUAACAAUCCAGAUGACGAAGCCGCCUUGGCAGAAGCCAUCGAGACUAUUGGGAAUUUUAAAUUAAAAACUGCCCCUGAUUAUACGGUACCGAAGCACUUACGCCAAUCGACCGUGAAGAAAUAUAAACAACUGCUACACGCUCGUUUAAACCAAUACAAUUUAAGACACAAUCUAAACAUGUCCAUUGUUAAACUACGAGAUGAUAGAGUAAAUUUGAUUGAUUAUCUGAAGGAAAUGAAAGAAAGGUUGAAUGUUAUACAACAAGAAAUCGGCGAAGAUCUGAUAGAACUAUCGCCACCCAUGCCAGAAAUGUUACCUGAAGAUUUUCCGGAAACGAAUUUGGACAUUAAUGUAAAGUUAGCCGAAGUACCACAGACGGUCCAAGCAAAAAUCGUUCCUAUUCCUAAAGGAGAUUUGCUUGAAAGGGAGGUGUUGCUAAUGAAAAAACCACUUUCAACGCUGUAUCCUCAGCCUCGAGUUGAAAAAGGAAGAACGAAGAAAACUGUCGAGCCGUUUAUUAACCCAGCUGUAGCUGCAUUGUGUGUUGACACUGACACUCCAUGGGAGGCGGAAAUCCGCAACUACCGUUUAUCGCGGUAUCUUUUUGAACAACAACGAAUUCUUGACAAAAUGAAUACAGCAACAAACAAAUUUGAUGACGAUGUUAUUAGCGUAUCGCAAAAGAAGAUUGAAGUGAGACGUGACGGAGACCUACUCGAUCUCCACAUCAUCUCUUUGAAUCAAGAAUUAUUAAUCCUCAACAACUUCGAAGCGAUUGAGAAUAAAUUGCAAGCUACAGUCUACUCUAACAUGCAAGAAAUGCUCGACAUGCAAGACCUAAUCUCCUCCUUAAAUGGAAAUAUCGAAUCAAAUAAACGACAAAUUGAAAACCGGCAAGAGGAGGAAAAGACGAUACAGCAACAAUUUCUCGGGGCCGCCGCCGAUAGCAAGUUCUACGACUUUCUUCGUCGAAUCUUCAAGAAAAAGUACAAGCCACCUAGAGUGUACAAUCCAGAUGAGUCGUCAUCGUCGUCUGAAAGUUCCGAUAGUUCGGAGUCGGAGCAGUUGGAUGCCGGAAGUAUCGAUUCUCGUGAUUUUACCGUCGUCAGGCUCGACGAGAAUGUUUGCCCGAAGGGGUGCGAUCCGGCGCUUUAUGCAAAGACGUUCGAAUUACGAACUAAAAGACAUGGUGUGGAAUUGCAAAUAAAAGACCUGAGAGCAGAUAUAGACUCUAUAGCAAAAGAAAUAGCAACAAAAACUAAAAAACUUAAAAUGAUUGACAAAACUUUAAAGGAAAGUGAAAAGGAUUUAGAAGCCUACCAGAGGGAGAAGCAACAGAAAAUCAACUUAGUUGCGACGACAGUAGUGCUGAAACUCAAUCAACUGCAACAUUUGGUCUCUUCAAAUCAAUCUAGUAAAGUGGGUGAUGUAUUGCUCUUCUCCAAGGACACCCUAAGUAAUCUGUACGAUCGAGUAGGUCAAUUACAUAACGAGACCAUGAAGCAAAAGUCAAAACACAAAGGAAACAUCACCCACAUGACGCGCAUGCGGACCGAUUGCAAACACAUGAACAAGCACAUUGCCGAAUUAAAAGCCCAAAUCAAGGAGUUGAUGAUUAUAAAGUUUGGACAAGUCGUAGAUGUGGAGGAUGUCGAAGAAACCUCAAUCAAAGCAAUGAUGUUCGGUAGCCCGUUGGCGAAUAUUGACGAUUUAGAGGAGUCUGCUUUGAGAAAGAUGGUAUUCGAGCUUCGGGUGUCUCAAGAGCAAGUGGAUAAGUUAUAUAAAGACGAAAUAUUGUUGUGGGCGCAAAUUUACGCGAAAACUCAGGUCGAACUAGCCGAGACCAUUAAAGGCAAUACGGCCCGUUUGGAUUUGUUAGGGUUGCUUAACAAGGAAAAGGCGGAACUGGCUAGAACGAUCGACUACCAAGCAAAAAAACGGGAGAAGGAUACUGUAACUGAGUCGGACAUACUUAAGUUGUAUGGCAGUGAUUUGGAGCAAUUAUCAAACAUUGUCAAAAACCAACGCAAGGAGCUGAAAAUGUUACAAAACGAAAUAGCUCGCUUGAAGACCAAGGGAUUUGUGGUUGAUAAAGCAAAGGCGCCAGCGAAGCUUCCCAUUGAAGAUCCAGAAAUUAAAAAGGAAGAUAAAGAAGAUGAAUUGGAAUGCACGGUUGACUUGACCGAACUUGCUCAAGAACCGCUAGAACAAAAAAUUGCCGGUUCCAGUUCUUCAUUGUUAUCAAUGUCAACACUAAAUAUGGCAAAAUCACUGGUGAUGGAAUUAAUAGACACAAUAGCCCCAUAUAGUCUUACAAAGUUUAUCAGAGAGAGUCUGGUUAAUCACUUGAUAAUGGACAUACUACAACGGCCUAGCGUUGAAGAAGUGGCCGAAAACCUCCAAGCGCUUCUACCAAUUGAACCUACGGAGGCCCAGCAAGAACUCAUAGAAACCGUGGCAGAGCAGAUCUUUUUGUUGCAACAACCUGAGAUGAUCAGCGAUAAAUUGUCUGCUUCAAGCAUAGUGGCGGAAGUUAUAGAGAAAAUUAUUCAAACAAUUGAUAACCCCGCGGAAGUUGUGAGCGAAGUGCUAUCAGAGUUAGUUAGUAGUCUACCGUUGGAUUACCUAUUGAAGCUCACGACGAUAAAGAGUAUCAUUUCGACGAUUAUAUCCAAAUGCCACAUCGAGGAAAUUAAUAAGGAAGAAUUGGUGCACGCAAUUUCAAAUACGAAAACUGACAGAAAAAUGGAAAUGCAAUUAAUAAUGGAUAAAAUUUUAGAAGCGGUUUAUGGAUCUGGGAUUGAUUAUUUAUAUUUUGUAGAGCAGUAAGACUAGUUUUACUUCUUAUGUAACUAUUUAUAAAUAUUUUUUCACAAAAUAACCUUUGUAAAAACUAUAUAAAGUAUGUACUUUUACCUAUGCGCAGAAGCUCCUGUUGAAGAUUCGACUUUUUCUACUAUCUAAUGUAGAAAUAAAAACACCCACGAGUUUUGUCUUUAUACUCAGGAUGUAGCUUGAUCUAUUAUCAUUUACUCACAUAUGGGUCUGCAUCACAUAUGUCAUAGAGCUCUUACUCCCCCCGUUUGGUCUUGUACCUUCCUGUUGAUUGUACCCACCUGGCACCCACUCCAUCAUGUCACUUAAAAGGGGUUUACACAGGUCGAUUUUCG